AGAGAAAAUAUAAAAGUUAUGAUCAGUCAUAUUAAUAAAAACAGUUAAGGACCAAAUACUUUAAAAUAGCAUUAAUCACAUAAAUCUAGAUAUAACUCAUUUGAGCAUGAAUCAUUAGUAACUAUACAUAAGAAGCACAAUUGCUAUGUGACAAAAUCAUAGAUGAAACUGUAUAGAGAAAAUUCUCAAGUUUACAUAAGACUGCAAAAGUGAGAAAAACCAUCAAAGGGAUAGAAUGUAUAUAAAAGGUUCCAGUAUUUAAAAAAAAACACUAAGAAGCAUUGCAAGAAACAAUAGGAUCAAAAGAUGAAACAAAUACUGAAAUAGGCCUUCAAAUAAUUAAUUUCUGCUUAAGAGCAGAAUUUCCAAUAUCUCAGAUCCUAUGCAAGGUUAUAAUAGAACACAGAGGAAAUAACACAAAUGGUUCCUGUGUUCAUAAUAUUUAUAGACUACUGCAAAAGGGAAGCAUUAAAGAAAUAAAUAAUACACUAAACAAAUGAUACAAAUUAUAAAUUCAAGGUCUGGUGUUAGGAUUUAAGUUUACCUAAAUAGAGUAUUCAUGCAAAAGGAAAAGACACAUAAGGUGACAACAGAGAAGACAGCAGCAAAAUCAGGUCCCCGGUUUCAAGAUGACAAAGAAAAGACGGAACAACGGCUGUGCUAUAAAGGGCUGCAACCAUGUGCAGCCUAUUCGCUGCACAAACUGCGCUCGCUGCAUGCCCAAGGACAAGGCCAUUAAGAACUUCGCCAUCCACAACAUAGUGGAGGCCGCAGCCAUCAGGGACAUCUCCGAAGCGAGUGUUUUCGAUGCCUACUAUGUGAAGCUACAUUAUUGUGAGAGUUGCACCAUUCACAACAAGGUGGUCAGAAAUCGGUCUCGUGAACCCUGCAAGGACCAGACACCACCACCGGGAUUUAGACCUGCUGGUGCUACCCCAUGGCCUCUGCCAAAACCCAUGUAA